UGCACAGGCGCAGUGCGAUUCAUGCGUAACUUGUGCUGUUAAAUUGCGCUUGCGCGGUAGUUCUUUCUCUCUCGACCCGACCUGCGAGUAGCUGUGGUGGCGGCGGCGGCCCGAGUUCCUGGACCACCAUGCAGCUGUUUCUACGAGGUCAGAACACCCACACACUUGAUGUGACUGGGGAAGAGACUGUUGGGGAACUUAAGGCCCAUGUUGAAUCGUUGGAAGGUGUCUCUUCUGUUGAUCAAGUGAUCCUUUUGGCUGGCUCUCCCUUGGAUGAUGAUGCUGUUAUUGGGCAAUGUGGCAUCAGUGAGCACACUACUCUGGAAGUAGUUGCUCGAUUGUUGGGUGGCAAGGUGCACGGAUCCCUUGCUCGUGCUGGAAAAGUGAAGGGUCAGACGCCAAAGGUAGCAAAGCAAGAAAAAAGGAAAAAGAAGACUGGCCGUGCAAAGAGGCGCAUGCAGUACAAUCGUCGCUUUGUGAAUGUUGUGCCAUACUUUGGCAAGAGGAAGGGGCCAAACUCAAACUCCUAAAUUUGUUUCUGUCGUUUAAAACUUUGAUUAAUCAGCAUUGAGUUUUGCCUCCUGCAGACAUGAUUGGGUAUAUUGGUAUUGCUACGAAAAAUCAGAAAGCAAAAGAUUGGCUUGCCAGAUAUUAGUCACUUAAAUUCUGUAAUAGGGCUAAUAAAAAAAUUAUCACCAUUA